AUCCGGCGCAAUAGCCUAGGUAUGAACGAACCACGGCGCUGUGCGGCCUCGUAAUUUUAUAACCCCACGUUGUGCGCAGUGUUGAGCUGCCCUGCAAAUCGACCAAUACGAAGUGACCAUCGAGGCAAAACUUUGUCUCCUACUACUACCGUAUCUGAUUCCUGCAACUUGCAUUGUUGCAAGGGCGUGUGCAUUAUUCCAGACUUCAGGCGCCAGAAAGCUUCUCAUUGAGGUCCUCAUUGAGGGAGGGUGGGUACAAAACGCUUUUAGGCCUUGUAGGGGAGUUCACCACCUCUGAAGAUGGGAGUCCGCACACGCUUGCUGCCGCUGCUCUACAUUGCAAGCAUCAUAGGCCUAGCAAAUGCAUACACUUUUGGAGAUUUAGUGCCUACACAACGGAGGGGUCAGUAUCACAAGCUGCGCACGCAUUGGCACGAUGCCUUAGGGAGGCAUUGUCCAAGGUUUGGGGUUGACCGCCUGGUGGUGCUACCCAUCCCGAAGCCUACCGGCUAUCAAGAUGACGACACGUACAAGCUGUCGCUCUCGUUCGGCCGGGAGAAGUACCUCACCCCCUGGGUGACUCUCUUGAGUCCAAAGGCAAAGUCUCUCCCCAUCAUCGAAGUGGAGCUGUCUUGGUCAGGGACGGAUUUAAAGGGCGUCCGAGCACGGGUGGAUGAGCUGCCGGAAGAGUUUGAGGAGACGCACGCACAGCUGAAAGAGGAGUACAGCAAGCCGGAUCACUGGCCCAAGCACGUGAUGGUGCGCUAUACCUGGCGAGAAAAGUCUGACGUGGACGUGAACACGGGACUUCUGGUAUUGUUCACGACAGGGAUUGUGCUCUCUUUUGUCGCGGCGAUCCAGAUCAUGACCUCAAACGAGGACAAGUUUCGAAAAUUCGUCAGGGAAGCCGUGUCGCAAUAUAGCUCCGUAGGCCUUGAUGUCCGACCAAGCGGUGAAGCGAAGGUAGAGUAAAAGACAAAGGUUCUUGGCUCGUCUUCACAUGUUGGCUCUUCUGAUUCUGCUGAGUCGGCGAUAAGGCCCCCGCAUUCCAGCCCAGCUCCACAUGCAUAUAGGUCCGAUGACAGCUCGAUAUUAGGCCGCAUCAUAUGCCGUUUUCACAUGCUACUUGCUUCAACUUCCGAAGUUCUUGUACUGUUGCACCAGUGAGUGGAAGCCUCCGCAGUCGAUUGCCAGGGCUAUAGGUACUAAGCCUGG